GUUUCGCGCUCGACGGACACGCGUUUGUCGUUCUUUCUGCGUACGGUUACGUUGGAAACUCGACAAUUUCAAAAUAUUUAGAACGCGAUUGACCGUGAGAUCCGCAUAUUCAUCUAAAUGUAAUAUAAAUAUAAAAUCGGGAGGACACGUCGCCGGUGUAAAGUUUAAAUUAUUUUCUGCGCUAAAUAAUUAGUAAAUAUUGUUAAUAACGAAAAAAGAUACAACGUAUAGAGUCGAGAGAGCAAAAGUAAUCUUUUGCCGAUUUACAAAUUGAUUAAAAAUAAAUAUUUUUUGUUUGCGCCAGGACCACUCGAGAUUCGCGAAUUCUGGGUUUCUAGAGCUAGAUCCCAACAAUUCCUGGGAUCUAUAGACGAGAUCCAGAGAGUAGAACUUGCGGGAUACUCAUCCGCCGUAGGUCGAACAGCGGUGUCCUUCUCGACCAUGGGUCAAGUGACAGAGAGAAAAGAGGCGUGCGACGGGGGAGGGCACACAAUUCGCGAACGUUGAGGACGAGCGAGCGGAGGAGGGGGAUUUAACUCCCUCGUCGCGCGGCACGACGUUGGUACGAGUGAAACGGAGCGACGAGAGUGGGGUAGAUGCGCGCGAAAUGUAUUCUGGCAUCGCGCGCAGCAGGUGGAGGGGAUCAUCGCGCUGACCAGUCGACCGCUCGAAAGCAGCGGAGUUAGUGCACAGUUGUGGUUUGUCGCGUUCGACAACAUGACGUGCCGGGUGAUACGGUAGUGCAGAAUACCGGUCGCACAGUGUCCAGCGAUUAGCGGAUAGUUUGCAUAGCCGAAGCGCUAAGGCAGCCGAGGAUCGAUCGCUGAUCGAGAAUCAAGUUCUUAGUCCGAAAGUCUCAGCGAGACGAUCACGAAAGUCGCGAGGUGCCAAGGGUGCCGCGCCGGGUGUACGAGGGAUCGCAUACGCGAUCGGAUCAAAACGCGUAGAAUAGAAUCGACGAUCGACGGAGGGAUCGUGCGCACUCCUGAGAGAGAGGAAGAGAGAGAGAGAGAGAGACGACCCUUCGACAUCGGACACUCGACAUAGUGAGUGACAGUCGUGACUAUUCAAAGACCAAGUGUGCGCCGCGUGGUCGCAAGGAGAAGAGGGUGCUUCGUUGAGUUUUCCUCGUCUCGUCUCGUCUCGUCUCGUAUCGCGCGCCUCGCGAGAAUACAAGACGUGUAAUAUCUCGCGUGUUUUCCUCCUUUCGCGUUCGCGCGAUCGUGCUCAAUCUCGCGCGCGCCGCUGAACGCGCGAGGACUCGAACAGCUAUACGGUCGUUACAGUCGUUAGCAGCGGCCCAGACCAAAUCAAAUCAGACGUCGCGCGGAGUGUCGUCGCACUCGCGCUCGCAUUGCGUCGUGUCGCGUCGCGUCGCGUCGCGUCUGCGAGUUUCGAAUCGAAAGGACAUCUUCCUCGACGAGCAACGACGAAGGCGCGCGCCGGCGAGAACUGAUCUUCGGGCCGGUGCGCGAUCUCUAGCGAAACGUGUGUGCCUAUCGCCGUCUCCAUUUCACCCGAUUUGUCUAUCUCGCUCACGCUCCGACUACCACCCCAACCACGCUAUUCCUCGUGGUACAGCAAUAAUAUCGUUUCCCGCGCGCAGUGCGGAUUGGCUGGUGCAGUCGCAACCGAGGAGCGGAGCGGAGAGGAGCGCCGGGGAGCUACCAACACGCUCCGUUUUACUCGCGCUAGUGCCGUCAACGGGAGAGGAGCAGAGGAGAGAGUGGUGGAGCGGCAAGGUGUAGAGAGCAAGCGGCACAGCGGCGGCGGCGGCGGCGGCGGCGGCGGUGGCAGUGCUUUGCUUCGACGGAGGGCAGCAGCGUGUAAGAGGGGGAAGAAGCGAGGGAGAGAGAGAAGAGAGGUAGUGGUUGUAGCCGCCCGACCGACCGACCGAGUUGUUUCAUUCAUAAAAAAGUUCUUUAUUACUCUCUGUGAGCGCAUGUGCUAUUCCACCACGGAGGAGGAACGAGUACUACUACUCCCCCGACCGGCUGCGACGGCGUAACCGCGUUUACACACAGUAUUAUUUACUACUGUGCGAGAUACGAAUCGGCGCCACACGCCGUACCGGCAGCACGGCGUACGGAUCGUUCCGUUUCCGCGUCGCUCCGUCGUCGUCCAGAUAUCCAUCGUCGUCAUCGUCCGGAGAGGAAACAUUUUGCGGCGCGUGUGUCUGAUCCCUUCUCGAGAACCGACCUUCCAAUUUCACUCUUUUCUCUCGUGUUGUUCCGAUCCAGAAAUAGAUGAUCGCUUGAGUGAUGUGAGUUUGAAAUUUGAGCUCGACGAAUCGAGUCUCGAAUCGUCGCGCGAAAGGAAGACUCGAGGGGGGGGGGGACGAGAAGAAAAUUAGUGCAUUGUAACGUCGUCGUGAACCACUCCUCGCAAGCAACCUGGAUCAGCAACAAGAAUCCGCCGUGGAUCUUUCCACAGAAACGGGGGGAGCUACGGAUCGAAGAGAUCGUAGGCUAACGCGUCGUCAGCCUAGCUUGAGCUAUCAAAAUUACAGCCACUUGACCAGAUACGACAGCUUGAACGUGAGUGAUCCUGGUCCUAGUACGAGUCAAGGUACGUGUACGCAAAAUACGAUGCCACGGAGUACGAGAUACAAUGCCGCGGAAUCGCGCUCCUCGGGCAAGCGACCGAUGAAGGCGAUGCUGCCAAAAGAUAAGGUCAACGCGAUUGACAGGGUGCACAGCGGCGAAUCGAAGGCGGCGGUGGCGCGUGACAUUGGCGUGCCGGAAUCGACUUUGCGCGGAUGGUGCAAAUCCGAAGAUAAGAUCCGCAUGCAAGCUAAUCAGCAGGCAUCCGGAAAAUAUGAGCACACCUUGACAACGUCCAGUUCGGACAACAGUCCGGAUAACAGUCGACCGGGUUCGUCAUCGCGAUCUACGCCAACCGGUCAAGCUACGAUCCUGGGACUCUCGACUUCUGGCGUUGCGGACAGACCUAACGAGGAGCCUGAACCCGGUCCGGCUCCGAAAAGAAUGAAGAUUGACAACCUCUCGCCAUCCGCCGCCGCAAAUAUGUCGACAUCGGCUCGAGUGUCCACGCUAGCAACGAAUGACAUGCUUACGCAAUUAAGCUUGUACAAUUUACUCGCCGGUGCAUCCGAUUCGCAGACGCAGAUGCAGUCACAGGCCAUAAACUUUUUAAAUUCCUUUCUGAAGGAUCCGCUUAUGAGCACCACUUACUCCAGAUAUCCAUCGUCGACAAAUAUUCUCAGUGACAGUCUGCAGAUGCAUAGGAACAACGGUGGGAUGACCAACAUGACCAACAUGACCAAUCUGAACAUGGCGUUGGCAGCUAAUAUGAUGUCUGUUAACAACGCCCUACUCACUAAUGGGAAUAAAAGGAAAUAUAGCAACACAUUUUCGUCGGCCACCAACAAUCCGAGAUCAUCGAGGAGGCAGAGCAGCCAAUCGCCGAACGCGAGAAAUGUCCCGGCCGGGAGCAUCUCUCAACCGUCAACAAACAAUCGAACUUCCCCUCUGUCGAUCAACAAUCGAACCUCCCCGCCAUCGACCAGCAAUGAACCGGUCCCGUCAACAUCGGCGAACAAUAUCCGCGAUCCAGUCGUGCAGCAUAUCAAUUCGCUGAUCAAACCAAAGAGUGACAGAUUAGAUGCUAUAGUAACUCAAUUGCAACCGCAAACACCACGAGUAUCUAACAUAGAAGAAAUAAUAACUAAUAGUACCGUAAGUAAUAAUAAUAAUAAUGUCGAUCACGUUGAUCACGAAAAUGCGAACCAAAACUCUUUAAAUAACACCGUGCCACCAGGGUUUGAUAGAAUAGUACAAGAUUUUACCAAAUGUGUAGAUUGGUUAUCUAAGUAUGGCUCACGUGUUUGUACGUUCAAUCAAGUAAGUCAAAUGAAUCAGAUUCUCGAGAAUCUGAAAUUUUGGUCUAAUAAUUUGCAAAAUGCAACUAAUGAAACCAGCAGAAACACUAACGGUACGAGCUAGCUGAGGCAACGUAGGAAAAAAUGACAUGUAAAUAAAUUGUAAAUGAAUUUAUAGCAUUGUAUUGUAUAUAUAGAACAUUAUCAAAAUCAUUAACGAAUUUGAUUAGAUGCACUAGUAUGACCUGACCGAUUGGUGCACAUUAAAUUCGUCGUACACGAAUCGAGAUCAUGAAGAUGAUAUCAUGAAGAUGUGUGAAUUGUGACAUGACACUUUUAGAUUAAAUUAGUGUACAGCAACUUUUAUGUGCAACAACAAUGCGUACCAGUACAGUCCAAUCAAAUUUGCUAAAAAUGUAUAUAUGUACAUAUAUGAACAUACAUGUACACAUAUAAAGACGAAUGCAAACGUGUACAUAUCUGUAUAGACGGAGCUGUAUAAGAAUAUGUUUGUGCACAAAAAAAAACAUUAGAAAUGAGAUAAUAAUCGGAUCUAUUAAUCAUGCGCACGCAUAAUCGUAGAUCCGUUAUUAUUAUUUUAUUUCUUUUUGUUUUAUUACGUCUUUUAGAAUGUUUGAUGAAACAAAGACGCGAUAUUCAGGGACAUUAAUGAAUAUUAAUAGAUAAAAUUUUUCCUAUAUUUUUCUACCUCCUUACUUUUAAAUUUCGCGAUUCAGUGCUUGUAAUAUGUUUUGUAUAUGAUGUCUUGAUCGUUAACAACACCGAAGUCCUAUUGAUUACUAAACUUUAAAGUUUAACUACAAUUAAAACUAAAAUUACCUUAAAUUUGACGUUCCAAAAUUACUUCAAAAUUAAAAAGAAAACACUUUAAUAUCAAAUUACUUCAAAAUUUAAAAAAAAAAGAAAAGUAUUUUUAAGUUUAGAAUUAAUUAAUUUUAAGUUUAUUAUAAUUUUUCCAUGUGUAAUAACGCCACUUUUAAAUAUUUGAAAUUAAUAUAAUAUUUGUGUGACAAAUUCCCACGCUCAGCUUGCCAUGUAUAUGUAAAAAAGAUUUAAUACUUUUAUGUCUAGGAGUUUGUUAUAAUUUUUCUAAAAAAGUAUGAAAAAUUCAAACUGUGCACCUCGACAAUAUAAUUGUAAAAGAAAACGUUUAAAUCGCUCUUUUUUUACCGGCAAGAAGAUUUGUUUGCUUACCAUAAUAAAAACGUUAUCCAGUGGCUGGUACUCGAUGUAAUGACUGAUGAAUUUUACACAUCCUUGCCACGUAUAUAGUUCUGGAUAUUUUAAUAUACUUCUUUUGAUAUUGGUAGAUACAAAUUUCUACGCACAGAAAGAAAAGAUUUGUUCUAGCAAUGUUUAUCGUUCCUUUUUUUCUAGAGCAAAUAUUUCUAUCAUCAUUUAAUUUGCAUUAAGUAAAUUGAAAUGUAACUAAAUUUAGAUUAUCAGUUAUCAGUUAGAUUAUUAUUAUUUAAGUUAAUUAAAUAAUUGGAAAUCAAAUGACGUACUUUGUAAAUAUUUUUUGUGAAAUCAUUUGACGAACGAUACUGCUUAUGCAACUUUUUUUUAUUAUACGAUUAAUAUGAAUAAGAAAAUUUUCAAUCAACGCAUAUACCGUGCAUAUGCGAGCGUGAGUUUAAAUUUAUUUUGUUUAAGAAAAAUUUAAUUUAAGUUUCAAAAAUUUAGUGUUCAUCUGCUUCUAAGACUGCGUGUAUAAUAAUAAUGCGGAAUAAUAUCAUAGUUAAGUGUCAUACUUGAUUAAUAGUGGUAAUCUCGUGUACAACGUAUAUAUUUUGUACAUUUGGUUUCCUUUUUCAAUGCGUCCGACUUCAAUAUGAUGAAUUUUAAUGUAAUCUGACGCGAAAAAAAUUUGAAAAAUGAACAAAUAUACAUAAAAAUACUUUUAAAAAAUUUAAAGAUGCGAUGCGAUUAAACAUUUCAAGAUUCAAUGUUCUUGUUUUCGUAAAGAAAUCUGAAAUUGUUAAAUUAAUUUUCUUUCUCACAUAUUUGUUCAUAACUUCUGUAUAAAUCAUGUGCGAUUUUAUUCUUCUAUACCCUAUUUUUCAUCUGUAUUUACAAAAUGCCAAUGUUGCAUAAAUACACGAUUCACGAUUGAUACUCUAUUAAUUAAGUUGUGUAGUAAAAUGUAUUAUAAUUUUACGUAUUAUAGUUUUAAGAAUAUAGUUUUAAGAAAUAAAUAUAAGACCACGUGCUUCGUUUAAUUAACUCUAAAAUCUAAAAUCUAAAAUUAAAAUUAAAUCUAAACUUAAAAGUAAAUUAAUUUUAAGUUUAUAUUAUAAUUUUUCUAUGUAAGGGUGAUUCACAUUUCUAAGUAUUUCAAAUUAAUACAAUAUUUGUAUGAAAAAUUCGCACGCUACAGCUUGCCUGUCAUACAUGAGAAAGGGACAUGAUAUUUUUAUGUCUAACCGAGACUAAAGGGAUUACGUCGAAGGUCUUACAUCUAAUCUGUCUAAAUUUUUACGUUUAGGAGAUUAUUAUAAUUUUUUUUUAAGUAUGAAAAAUUCGAACUAUGCGCCUCGACGAUAUAAUUGUAAACAAAAUUACAAAAAGAAAAACCUUGGAUCACUCUUUUUCACCAGUAAGAAAAUUUAUUUGUUUACUUAUCAUAAUAAACACUUUAGCCAGUGACUAAUACUCGAUGUAAUCACUGAUUAUUAUGAAUUUUACACAUCCUCACCACGUAUAUAAUUCCGGGUACGUCAACAUACCUCCUUCAAAAUUAAAUCUAACUAAUCUAACUAAACUUAAAAUGAAUUUAGUUUUAAAGUUUAGUUUAGUUACAUUGGUUUGAUUUAAUUUUUAUUUUAAAUUUUAGAUUUUAGAUAUAAGAAUCAUUACCAAAAAGAACCUGCGCUGUGACUUAAAUAUAAGACUGUUACACGUAUUAUAGACUUGUAAAAAUAUUUGUCACUGUCGCGUAAUUUUAUGCAGGAAAAUUCUACCAGAAGGCGGACAAAACUCACGUAAAAGCGCACACAAAAUAUAAUUACAACGACGUUGGCUAUUAAUAUCUGUAUUUUUGAAAUCAAACUUUUUAAAAUCGAUAACUUUUAAAGAUAUUUCUUUAAAUUCUUUAGCUACAUAGUUUAAUAUUUCAUUUCUAAUGUUUUCCAAAAUAUCUUUUAUUUUUAUCAUAAUAAAUUUUGUCAUAAUAAAUUUUGCGAUUGUAAUUAUGCAUUAUAGGCCGCGAUUUGUUAGCCAAAAAUGCGCAGAAACGUGAAAAUAAGAAAUAAGGGUCUAGCUCGAUAAGCAAGUAAAGUGGAUUAUGUCUGAUCAAAUUGGCAGGAUAUUUUUUUAUGCAAAAUGAUUCGCAAAUAAAUCUCAAAAGAUCUUUUAUCGAGAUGUCUUGCCAACACAAUUUGAUGAAGCACAAUUCACACAGUUACCAUGAAAUUUCUUUGCGAGUUUUUAAUUUUGCAUUUAUCAACCGAUAUGUGUCCGUUAUUGUAAAUUUAAUUCAAUUUAGCAUAUAAUAUAUGAAAUUUUAUCAGUAUUUUCAAUAUUUUCAGUAUUUUCAAUAUUUAGUGUGAGUCCAUCAAUGUAAGAAAAGUUGAUAAAUAUGAAAUUUAACUAAAUUAAGAACUGGCGCUUAUUUAAAUGUAAUAUUAAUUGUAAUUGACGUACACACUGCAACAGUAUAUUAGUAUAACGUUUUAUUUCUAAAGUUUUAAUUUUUGUAAAAGUCGAGUGAUAACUUUGUACGAAAUUAAAUUGCAGAUUGAAAAUAUAAAAAAAAGUAAUAGACAGAAAAUAAAGAUGAAAAUGUAAA